AUGGACGCUGAAAAUGUACUGAAACUGAUAAAAUUCACCUCAACGGUAGCCACGGGUGUUAUAGCUGGCGGUGCAAUCUACAUCAACCUUGCAGAGCAUCCUGCAAGAAUGCAACUUGAUGAUGUUCAAUCGCUUCAUCGCCAAUGGCGAGAGAGCUUCGAUCGAGCGAAGUACUUGAUGGCCGGGACAUCGCUGCUGCCGAUUGCUGGAGGAAUAGCAGCAUUUGCUAUCGAUCAGAGCAAAGGGAAACCUUGGCUGAUUACUGCCGGGCUGAUGGCAUUCAAUAUGCCGUACACAGCUCUCGCCAUGAAGUCGCGCGUCAUCGAUCCCAUUUAUGAUUAUGAAGUUGCUGCAAAGAUGGAUCCCGGAAAAGUGAGAGACACUGUGGAUAAAUGGAACACUUUUCACAAAGUCCGCACCAUAAUAGAUGUGUCUACACUGGUCUGGUGUGUGUACAAUCUUGUUUACAACUGAGUGGCGGCCAUGUUUAAAACUGAGUUGAAUGGAUUUUAAAAUCAGGGACAUUUUGUCGAAUGGCGAUAACCCUUAAAUUAAGGUGUAUUGGGAGAGAAUUUUCUUUAAUAUUCGUUUGGGAUAUUUCUUUUCAAAGCGUUUGUCUGAUUUAUGUUGAAAAAUAGAAGUGUUCCAAGACGAGUGGGAUCGCUAAUGCGUGGAGUGUUGUAAACCUGUAUGUUAAUUUGUGCAAUACGGAACAGUGCAGAUAAUGGAUCACAAUAAAAGACGUCAAAUUAGAUACAAUUGAGUUUUCAUCUAUAUUUUUAAGUCAAGCAACAAUUUAUACUUUCUCGUGCCUCUUGCACCAUGAGUUUAAGUUUUAAACAACUUCAAUAAAUGUUCAGAAGCCGGAGAAAGAAAUGUAAAUUUUUUGUCUCGACUUUCAGUGCUGUUGUUAGCUGUCAACUAAGCAGGUGUUUUUUUUAUAUUAAAUAGAUGAUCGGAGUGUCGCUAACUAUGACUCGCUCGGUUAGUUUAUACAAUCGUACGCCCAAAUUUUCUUUUUCUAUGAAAUUAUUCAUCUGGACACUGAAUUAAAAAUUACACAUGUGAUUAUGAUCCACAUUAUAGAGGCGCAACGAUGCAUAAAAUAUCAAAAUAAUGUAAAAACAUAGGUGACGUGAAAUAUUCAAGUUUGAAAGAUAAAGAUCCCUUGUAUUUUCUAAUGAUAUACUCUGAAUUAAUGAGCUCCCCCAUUUUCAAAUUGAGUUCCGUCUACCAAAAAAAUUAACAAACAAACAGGUCAAACAAAGGCUCGUUGCGUAACUUUUCAAAAUUCUGCGCCCACGCUAUGUCCGUGAAGCAGCUGUUGUGUUGACAAAGUGCGUUGUCCUUGACGCGCAGGCUAAAGCUUUGGGUGUUGCACUCUCGAGCUGUGUUAGGGUUAAGUCAGACAGCUUUAUAGAAGAAAAUGGGGUUUGAUUUGGACGACUUGUUCCCUUAUCUCGAGGUCAUUUCCACCGUUGCAGCGGGUAUGUUUGUCGGAGGUGCGGUUUACAUCAAUGUUGUUGAACAUCCCGCCCGAAUGACGAUUCAAGAUACCACAUCUUGUCACAAAGAGUGGAUGGAAAGUUUCGAUCGAGCGAAGGUUUUCCAGAGUCGCUUGGCGUUAGUCUCUAUAAUUUCUGGAGCUGGUGCAUACUACUGUAACCCAAAAAAGGGUCUUCCUUUCCUUGUCGGAGGAGGUCUGAUUGCAACGAUCUUCCCGUAUACGCUGUUCGUUCUGAAACCAAACUCGAUUGACCCCAUUUACGACAAAGAAGUGACAGCCAGGAAGAGUGAGGGUGUCGUAAGGGAGACCAUAGACAAGUGGAACAGCUAUCACAUGGUCAGAAGCAUUAUUACCUUUCCAGUUUUUGUGGGAUACGUCUUGUACCUUUCCAGUGGCCAUAAAAAGUUCUGGUGA